AUGGAACGUGCCAGAGAGGAGAGUUGUGCAUCUAACAACAGCCUCGCCAACCAGCAGCAAAUAAACAAUCAUCAUCUUCAUCCUUACCCUCAUCUGACCAACCAUCAUUUGAGCAAUCUUCAACCGGCCAACAACUACCAGCCAGCCAUCAGUAACCAGUUAGACCGCAACACAACCAGUUCCUCCUCAUUUAAACGAUUCAACUGCAGCAGACCAACAUUCACUGGUAACCAAAUUUUCGCGUUAGAGAAGGUCUUCGAACAGACAAAGUAUCUGGCGGGGAAUGAACGAACGAAUCUGGCGUUGAGUCUUGGAAUGAGUGAGAACCAGGUUAAGAUUUGGUUUCAAAAUCGUCGAACGAAAUGGCGGAAAAAGUCUCAACCAGACUCAACAACAACAACCGCCACGAGUACAACUAUGACGUCAACAAAGAAAAAACAGCGAUAA